GAACUUCCUCCUCAUUCAGUUGAGUUACUGCACUGCACAUCUGCACCGGCAGCCUCUGCUCUCAGACCCAGCCCCGCCACGAGACAUGAGGGAACCGGCUUAGACACCGUGCUUUAGUGCUGAAACACACUUAUUUCAUGGUCGACACUUUGAAGACACUCGUGGAUUAAAUUAGUUUUGAUCUGGGUUCAUUUUUAUCAUGGGCUGUGUUGGCACCAAGCCAGACCAGGAUUCAGGUGGCAAAACAGUGGGAAACAACGACAUGGGAAACCGCAAUCAGACAGCACACUAUGUCAAAGACCCUACGACAGGGAGCAAGCCUAAUAAAAGCUGCCCCAUUCCUCCUCCUUCAAGCACAGACGAUGUCGAGAACAUUUCCAUAGCGCUCUUUGACUAUGAUGCGUUGCACGAUGGAGACCUGGGCUUUAAAAAAGGAGACAAGUUAAAAAUCUUAGAAGAGUCAGGUGAAUGGUGGAAAGCAAGGUCUCUGAGCACCGGGCAGGAGGGCUACAUCCCCAGUAACUAUGUAGCUAAAGACACACUUCAAACUGAAGAUUGGUUCUUCAAAGGCGUGAGCAGGAAAGAUGCAGAGAGACAGCUCCUGGUUUCUGGGAAUAAGGUGGGCUCUUUCAUGAUCAGAGACAGUGAGACCACCAAAGGAAGUUACUCAUUAUCAGUAAGAGACCAUGACCCUCAGACAGGUGACACAGUGAAGCAUUACAAGAUCCGUACACUAGACAGCGGAGGCUUCUACAUUUCACCUCGAAUCACGUUCAUCACCCUGCAAGAACUUGUCAACCAUUACAAGAAGCAGGGUGAUGGACUGUGUCAGGCACUCACUAACCCCUGCAUCAGUGCUAAACCCCAGAAGCCAUGGGAAAAGGAUGCCUGGGAAAUCCCACGAGAAUCCCUCAAGCUGGAGAAAAGGCUGGGAGCUGGACAAUUUGGAGAAGUUUGGAUGGCCACAUACAACAAGCACACCAAGGUGGCUGUGAAGACCAUGAAGCCAGGCAGUAUGUCUGUGGAGGCCUUCCUGAUGGAAGCAAACCUUAUGAAGAGCCUCCAACACGACAAGCUGGUCCGCCUCAAUGCUGUAGUCACCAAGGAAGAGCCCAUCUACAUCAUCACAGAGUUCAUGGAGAAAGGCAGUUUAUUGGACUUCCUCAAGAGUGACGAAGGAAAUCGUGUCCAGUUGCCCAAACUGAUAGACUUCUCCGCACAGACAGCAGAAGGCAUGGCCUACAUCGAACGAAGGAACUACAUUCACAGAGACUUGAGGGCUGCCAAUAUCCUGGUUAAUAAGAGUCUGGUGUGCAAGAUCGCUGACUUUGGUCUCGCCCGUAUCAUAGAGGACAAUGAAUAUACUGCCAGAGAGGGUGCCAAAUUCCCUAUUAAAUGGACUGCACCAGAGGCUAUUAACUAUGGCUCCUUCACCAUCAAAUCAGACGUGUGGUCCUUCGGUAUUCUGCUCACUGAGAUUAUCAGUUACGGUCGAACGCCAUACCCAGGCAUGACGAACCCAGAGGUGAUUCGUUCUCUGGAGAGAGGAUAUCGCAUGCAGCGCUUGGACUCAUGUCCUCAAGAGCUGUAUGACAUUAUGUUAGAGUGCUGGAAGAACAAGCCAGAAGACAGACCGACCUUUGAGUACCUUCAGAGCGUGCUGGAGGACUUCUACACGGCCACAGAGAGCCAGUACCAACAACAGCCCUGAGACACACACACCCUUGGGCUAGGCACAUACAGCAAGUGCAUAUGCAUUAAUAUCCAAUGCAAAUGUGCAGUGUGAGUUAAUGACGAUGAAUUAAAGAAUGCAGUCUUAAUUUAACCAUGCAAAGCCUUUUACCUUAUGUUGAGUGUAGCAUAUGUGCACAAAAUUGUACAAAGUCAUAACUUAUGUAUGGGAUUAUUGAGGAUUAAUAUCUUUUGCCAUUUUAUUUUUUUAACUGUUCUACUGGUUCUCAUUUCUUUAAUAGUUGUAACGGUGUGAAUUUCUGAAAGUUGAGCUCCAUGCUUUGACAUGCUUAGUGGAACUGAUUCGUUAAAAAAAAAAUCAAGAAACAUUAUGAAUUUGAAGUAUUGCAGUUCAAUUUGUCUUGGUUUCGUUUCAUACAAAUGAUACUUUAACCCCACCCCUAAGCAAAAUCUUCAUGACCGUUCAUACAAAUUACGUUGUGUGAAUGAAUUAUGAAUUUGCAGUUUGGAUUGUUGGAAAGUUUUACACAUAAUAGUUCAAAACUGCAGCCUAUAUUAGGUUGAAACCACCUGAAAUGAACUUGUUUGUAUUUCACUCUUCAGCAUUUCCUCAUUAUAUCUUUUUGCCAUGAACCAUGAUGUACACUACCGUUCAAAAGUUUGGGGUCACUUUGAAAUGUCCUUAUUUUUGAAAGAAAAGCACUGUUCUUUUCAAUGAAGAUCACUUUAAACUAAUCAGAAAUCCACUCUAUACAUUGCUAAUGUGGUAAAUGACUCUUCUAGCUGCAAAUGUCUGGUUUUUGGUGCAAUAUCUCCAUAGGUGUAUAGAGGCCCAUUUCCAGCAACUCUCACUCCAGUGUUCUAAUGGUACAAUGUGUUUGCUCAUUGCCUCAGAAGGCUAAUGGAUGAUUAGAAAACCCUUGUACAAUCAUGUUAGCACAGCUGAAAACAGUUGAGCUCUUUAGAGAAGCUAUAAAACUGACCUUCCUUUGAGCAGAUUGAGUUUCUGGAGCAUCACAUUUGUGGGGUCGAUUAAAUGCUCAAAAUGGCCAGAAAAAUGUCUUGACUAUAUUUUCUAUUCAUUUUACAACUUAUGGUGGUAAAUAAAAGUGUGACUUUUCAUGGGAAACACAAAAUUGUCUGGGUGACCCCAAACUUUUGAACGGUAGUGUACAUUUCGUAGCUGUCCUGCUUUAAUGUAUGCCUGUGAAUUAAUGAAUACUUCUGGUAGUGUAGUCAGCAUAGCUAUUUCAUUUAAGGGUGGGUUUUUGGUUUGUUGGGUUUUUUUUGUUUGUUUGUUUGUUUUUUACAUGAAGUGACUUUCCCUAAACAUCUGUGCAAUAAUACCAAAUAGUGAUAUUAAUCUUUUUAAGAUUAAUUUUAAAAUAUCAACCUGGUAUAUUCCCUAAAUAUCUGCUGUACUGUAUAUUUGUAAUAGUUUUGGGGUAAUUCUGCAUCUCAUUUAUAACCUGCUUGUAUUAAAAUAAAGUGCUUCACAGAGAUUAAAUUAAGUCAAGGACAAUUUAAGCUUGAAGCUUAAUCAAAAUUAGAUAAAUAUUGAAGAAUUAUUCAAGACAGUCAAAAUGAUAUGGCUUUAGAUUUUGUAUGUGUUUAUACCUUUUUCUAUGUGCUUAUUAAAUUAAUGGAUAUUGAAUUUUGUGUAUUUUAUUUUAUGUAUUUCCACUGAUGGCCAAGGUUAUAUGUGUGAACUAAUUUAACAAGUGUCCUUUUUCUGUUCAGUAUAAUUGAGGUUUGUUCGUUCAGCAGUUCAGAUUCAACCUUUUCCUUCUCAAAACAAAUAAAAAUGUUUAUUCGUUUAAA